AAUGCCGCUGUCCCGUCCGUCCCCGUAGAGCCUACCGACAGGGUGUCUAAACCCCGCCCCCCUCUCCCCUCGAAUCCCUCAACCCCUCUCGCCGUACGGGACCGCAAUGAUUUAGAAGUUCAGGAAUCCCACGUGACGUCACCGGGAGAAUGAUGUAAUGCUUCUGUAAAUAGAACGUAUUGUAAUCUCGCUCCAGUCCAACGUGGUUCCUCUCCGGAGCGCCGCUUGUCCCUCUCGACUUGUAGGCUUGUGGAUGACAUGAAUGACAAACAGGACAGGCCUUAUGUGUGCGGCGCCCCGAGCUGCUCUCAGGGCUUCCCGUCGGAGGAGCAUCUGGUCAUCCACAGGCGCAAGCACGAGAUGUCCCUCAAGUUCUCCUCCAUCAAGACGGAUACGGCUUUCACAGACCAGACUCCGACGCCAACGCGAUUUUUGCAGAACUGUGAAGAGGUGGGUCUGUUCAAGGAGAUAGAGGAAGAGUUUCUUCAAGCACAAGAAGAAGAGAAAAGCAAACAGAGGCUUUCUCACAAUGGGCCGCCCUGCAUGAACCAGCAGCAGCUCAAGCCCCAGCUCCAGCUCCAGCACCCGCCCCGACCUCAGCACCCGCAGACGCAGACGCCGCUGCACCAUCAGCACACCCACCCGCUGCUGCACCUACACUCGCAUGGCCCCGUGAUGGGCCCCAGCUGCAGCCUGGCGGCCCAGCAAGCGCUGUCCUCCUCGCAGGCCGGAUCAGUCAUCACCCAGGCCCCCUCCGCCCUCGCACACUCGGGGCCAGUUCCCGGGUCGCUGUCCUCCCUCCUGCACAUGCGGAACAGACAAAGGCAGCCGCUGCCGGCCUCCCUGCCCGGCACCCUGCCAGACCCCGCCAUGCAAGGGGCUUCUGCUCAGCACUUGCCCAUAGAGAAGCAAAUGUCGUGUUUAAUGGGUUUACCCGGUCCAGCACACAGCCUCUCCUGCUCCUCGCCCCAGAGAUCCAAACAGGCUGCGGGCCACCACUUCCAACAGCACCACCCAGCAAUGGCGGCCAUCAACAACCCAGUGACAUCUAUGGGUCACAUGAUGGAAAUGAUGUCACAGCGGCACCAGGCACCUCCACUGCAACACCAUCACCCUCAUCAUCCACAGCUUCAAGCUCCACCCCUCGCCUUCCAGCAGCAAUGCAAUGGUUCACCUCCGCAGCAUCCGGGGAGCAACCACGGCCACCACGGACAGGCUAACCAAGCCCCGCCUCCCCACCUGCAGCAGGGCUCGCCACCUGAGCACCCCAUGUCCGCUCCGGCCCAGUUAUCACCGGUUGCGCAGCAGAUGCAGCCCUCCCAUCCAUCCCACUCCCAGCAUGCAGUGCAGGACGGUGGUAGCAUUGGAGGAGGAGGCUGCCACCGCCGCAGGAGGACGGCGGAGCAGGACCCCGACGAGCGCAGGCAGAAGUUUCUGGAGCGGAACCGGGCGGCAGCCACCCGCUGCCGCCAGAAGAGGAAAGUGUGGGUGUCGUCGCUGGAGAAGAAAGCCGAAGAGCUGACGCACACAAACCUGCAGCUACAGAACGAGGUGACGUCGCUGAGGUCAGAGGUGGGUCAACUGAAGCAGAUCCUGCUCACCCACAAGGAUUGUCCCGUCACCGCCCGGCAGCGAGAGGCAAAGGGGUACCCCACUGCAGGGGUGAGCCCAGGCGGAAGUCCCACCCCUUUAGGUCCCGGGUCACAUCUGAGGGCCAUCCAACACAACGGCAUCUCCACCUCCUCGACCUCCAAAGGCGACACGGGGCACAACCCCGGGCCCGGACGUUAGCCCCCACCACACCGAGGAGGGGCCGAAUCCGACCAGGCUGAAUUAUGGUUCUGUCAAAACUGAAUCGAGGUCUCGCUUAGCCCGGGG